AAAAUGGAGUGUGCGGCGGUUUGUUGUAGUCCAUUGUUGGUGGCUUUAUGGGUGGCGGCGGCGGCGGUGGUGGUGUGUUGGGCUCCAUUGUUGGAAGCUAGCAUGGAAGCAGAGGAGCUUCCCCUUCCCGGUGGGGUUUUCGGGCCAGAAAGCAUUGCCUUCGACUGCCGUGGAGAAGGGCCGUACGCCGGCGUGUCCGACGGCAGAAUCCUGAAGUGGAAAGGUCCUGCUUUGGGCUGGACUCUCUUUGCUGUUACCUCGCCCAACAGGGAGGGAAAAGAAUGCAAUGGGAAGCCGGAAACGGAGCCGGCGUGUGGAAGGCCAUUAGGGCUAAAAUUCGACCAUUCUUUAAGCUCAAGCUGUGAGCUUUACAUAGCGGAUGCCUAUUAUGGCCUUUUGGCUGUCGGACCCCAUGGCGGCUUGGCUCGUCAACUCGCCUCUUCCGCCCACGGCGUCCCACUCCGCUUCACUAAUGCUCUCGAUAUCGACUCUCAAAACGCCGCCGUUUAUUUCACGGAUAGCAGCACCUUGUUCCAAAGAAGGGUUUGGGUGUCAUCGAUAAUGAAAGGAGACAAGUCAGGGAGGCUAUUGAAAUACGAUGUACGUACCAAAAAUGUCACCGUAUUGCUCAACGGUCUUGCUUUCCCCAAUGGCAUCGCUUUGAACACCAAUUCUUCCUUCCUUCUAAUGGCCGAAACUGGUGCUCUUCAGAUUUUAAAGUUCUGGUUAAAGGGUCCCAAAACUCACACGGUGGAGAUAUUUGCGGAGCUCGAACGGUUCCCAGACAACAUAAAGAGGACUGACAACGGUGACUUUUGGAUCGCUAUGAACACUGCAAGAGGGAAGCUCGAAGUUCAGACGUGGACAGGGCUUAGCCGGGGAGUGACAUUGCAGCACGGCAAGGUGAAGAUCCCGUGGAUUCGGGGCGAUCCAGUGGCGGUGAAGUUGGACGAGAUGGGGGCAGUGAAAGGGAUGCUUGAUGGGGGGGAUGGGCAAGCACUGGAGUCGGUGAGUGAGGUUGAAGAAAGUAGAGGGAGGCUGUGGAUUGGCUCUGCUGUUAAGCCAUACAUUGGUUUAAUUACCAAUGGAUAGAACAUAGAUUACUACUACUAUUGAAAAGAAAAGGAAUUGUAUCAACGUUUGUAUCAAGUUCUUCCAAGAAGAUUGUGAAUUUGGUUUGUAACAAAACCCAACUGGUAAAGGGGUCUAUAGUUCAAUAAGU